AUGCCUGUUGCACAGCCUCAUAGGAGGGUACCAUACUCUCUGAGGAAGAAGAUAGCUCAGGAAGUGGAACGGUUGGAAGGUAGUGAUAUCAUUGAGCACAUAUCUGGUCCAACACUCUGGGUAUCUCCUGUUGUGUGUGUUCCCAAGGCUAACUCUGAGGAUAUCAGGUUGUGUGUGGAUAUGAGGUGUGUGAACAAAGCCAUUCUACGUGAACGCCAUAUCACACCAACGAUCACAGAAAUCAUCGCUGACGUAAACGGUUCCAGGAUAUUCUCGAAGCUCGACCUAAAUCAGGGGUACCAUCAGCUGGAACUCCACCCCGAUUCACGCCAUCUGACAACGUUCAGCACUCACGUUGGUCUCCGGCAGUAUAAACGUUUAAACUUCGGUAUUAGCUGCGCCAGUGAGAUUUUCCAGAACGCAAUAUCUCAGGUACUGGAAGGCAUUCCCGGCGUGCUAAAUAUCAGCGACGACAUCAUGGUGUUCGCGAAGACUGAAGAAGAGCACAAUAUGAUUCUCAAAGCUGUACUGGAUAGACUGAAAUCGAACAAUCUCACAUUAAAUAGGAAUAAGUGUCAGGUUGGGAAAACCGAGAUGGAAUUCUUCGGUUUCAUAUUCGGCGCAUCCGGUAUGACGGCAGAUCCCAAGAAGGUACAAGCAAUCAUCGAGUCAGCGCAGCCGAAGUCAGCUGCAGAGGUACGCUCGUUCAUGGGUAUGAUUACGUACGUGUCGCGGUUCAUUCCUAAUCUUGCGACAGUCGCCGCGCCGCUCCGCAUGUUGACACGUAAAGAUCAAGCCUGGAUAUGGGGUAAAGCUGAACAAUUGUCGUUCGAUAAACUGAAGGACUUAAUCAUGAGACAGGAGGUAAUGGCCUAUUUUGAUCCAGCGAAAGACACAAAACUCAUUGUGGAUGCCAGUCCCGUUGGAAUAGGUGCUAUUCUCACUCAGGAUAAUCGUGUGAUCUCGUAUGCUAGCCGAGCUAUGUCACCGGUGGAAAGUCGCUACUCACAGACUGAACGUGAGGCGUUGGCUAUCUACUGGGCAUGCAACCACUUCAGGAUCUAUCUAUAUGGUAUGCAUGUUGAAGUAGUCAGUGAUCACAAGGCACUCGUACCAAUCUUCAUGAAAGAGAACUCGAAACCUCCGCCCCGUAUAGAACGUUGGCUCAUGAAGUUACAGGAUUACAACAUCACUGUGACCUAUUCUCCAGGAAGUUCCAAUCCGGCGGAUUACAUGUCCCGCCACCCACCAAACCAUCAGACCGUGAACAUCGACCGAAAUUCUGAGCUCCAUGUGAACUUUGUGCUGGAUAAUUCACUUCCUCGAGCUAUAUCGCGACAGGAAUUUGUGGAGUCCACGGCAGCUGAUCGCUCAUUGAGUGGUGUGAUCAGAGCUCUCGGGAAUGGUCGGUGGUUCGACAUUGUGAAGGACGAUAAAGUUGCCAAGGCACUAUUCAACAUCAGGACUGAAUUAUCGUGUUCGGAAGAUGGAAUACUGCUACGUGGCACAAGAAUCGUUGUUCCAGAAUCGCUACACAUGAAAUGUGUAAAACUCGCACAUUCGGGUCAUCAAGGAAUGGCCAAAACUAAGCAACUUCUCCGUAUGAAGACCUGGUUCUCAGGAAUCGACAACCUGGUGGAACGUGAAGUUGAGAACUGUUUGCUAUGCCAAGCUAAUACACCAAGCAAGCAUCGCGAACCUCUACUGAUGACACCAACUCCACUCAACAAGUGGGAGCGACUCAGUAUGGACUUUUGUGGACCGUUACCUACCGGUGAGUAUCUCAUGGUGGUGAUCGAUGACCACUCGAGAUAUCCCGAAGUCGACGUACUACAUAGUACAUCUGCUCAUGCUGUGAUUCCUCGAUUGGACAGGAUAUUUGCAGCCCAUGGUGUUCCAAGUGAAAUUCGCACGGAUAAUGGACCUCCGUUCAACGGCAGCGACUUCCGAGAAUACGCCGAAUCUCAGGGAUUCCACCACAGGAAGGUAACUCCACUACAUCCAGAGGCUAAUGGUGAAGCCGAACGCUUCAUGAGAACGCUCAUGAAGGCCAUUAGAGUUGGGGGCAAUAGCUGGAAAUCUGAGCUCUACAGAUUUCUUCGCGCGUAUCGAGCCACACCCCACUCAUCUACCGGAAUAUCUCCGUCCAUGGCUCUGAACAAUAGGGAAAUGAACGUUGGAUUUCCAUCUGUGUCACCUGGUCCAACGAUCGACGAAAUGACCCGCCAUAUGGUCAUUCAGAAGGAUAGUCUGUCGAAGACACUCCAGCGAGACUACGCGAACGAGAGACGACACACAGCGAGUUCUAACAUGGUGCCCGGUGAUUCUGUACUGGUUAGGAACAGUCGGAGGGGGAAAAUGGAUUCACCAUUUCACCCUGAGCCUCUCACUAUCACGAAGAAAAAAGGGAGUAUGGUAACUGCUUCGAAUGGUGAUGUAGCCAUAACGCGAAACUCCUCGCAAUUCAAGAGACUGCCAGGUACUCCAACAGACUCCGUGAUUCCGGAAAUUGACCCAGGUACGCCGGAAGACGCUCCGGAUGUUGACCCAGGUAUACCGGAUAUCACCCUACCCGAUAAUGUGGUGAAUAGUGGUCAGACUCCGCGCCGCACAUCACGCACGAGAAAACUACCAUCCAGGUUCAAGGACUAUCAGUUGUGA